AAGACAGAGGCAGGCGCCAGUUGUUUGCGGGGCGCAGAUGCACUUUAAAAGACAGCGUGCUGGCGACCUCCCAGAAACAUCGGGCAGCGGGGAAACGCACUCAGGUAGUCUCAGUGGUGGCCUGACACUGUAAAGGGGCCAUAUUGUCUGCUCGUGCUUUAGCCCCAUGACCAGCACCAUGGACAGCUGCAAGGAGGCCAACGGGCUUAAUGGCGACAUGGCUCAUGACCACUGUGACAGGUCCCCCCAGAAGGAGAGUAUGCAGCUGAAAAAGGAAAUCUCUCUUCUCAACGGAAUCAGCCUCAUCGUGGGAAACAUGAUCGGAUCGGGAAUCUUCGUGUCGCCCAAGGGUGUCCUGAUCUACAGCGCCUCAUACGGACUGUCCCUGGUCAUAUGGGCCAUUGGAGGAAUCUUCUCAGUAUUCGGAGCGCUGUGUUAUGCAGAACUGGGGACAACCAUCACUAAAUCAGGGGCGUCUUAUGCAUACAUACUAGAGUCGUUUGGUGGUUUUAUAGCGUUUAUUAGACUGUGGACUUCGCUGUUGAUCAUCGAGCCCACCAGCCAAGCAGUCAUAGCCAUAACGUUUGCAAAUUACCUGGUCCAGCCACUUUUCCCCACUUGUGAGCCUCCCUAUUUGGCAUCCAGGCUAAUAGCUGCAGCUUGUAUAUGCUUACUCACAUUUAUCAACUCGGCCUACGUGAAGUGGGGAACCAGAGUCCAGGAUAUUUUCACUUAUGCCAAGGUGGCCGCACUUAUAGUCAUCAUCAUAACUGGAAUCGUUAAGCUGUGCCAAGGUUACACAACAAACCUGGAGUCAUCCUUCGAGGGCUCAUCCAGUGACCCAGGAGCCAUUGCACUUGCACUUUACUCUGCACUUUUCUCCUACUCAGGCUGGGACACGCUCAACUUUGUCACAGAAGAGAUUAAGAACCCACAAAGAAACCUACCUCUGGCCAUAGCCAUCUCUCUGCCUAUAGUCACCAUCAUCUACAUCCUCACUAAUAUCGCUUACUAUGCAGUCCUAGACAUCAGUGCAAUACUCGCCAGUGAUGCAGUGGCAGUGACAUUUGCAGACCAUACGUUGGGGGUCAUGAGCUGGAUCAUCCCCAUAGCUGUAGCUCUGUCCUGUUACGGAGGCCUCAACGCUUCCAUCAUUGCUGCAUCCAGGUUAUUCUUCGUGGGCUCUCGUGAAGGUCACCUCCCUGAUGCAUUGUCCAUGAUUCACAUACAGAGGUUCACUCCUAUCCCUGCUCUCAUCUUUAAUUGCAUCAUGUCUCUGAUCUACCUCACUGUGGAGAACGUGUUCCAGCUCAUAAACUACUACAGCUUCAGUUAUUGGUUCUUUAUGGGCCUGUCUAUCGCUGGACAGAUCUACCUCCGCUGGAAGGACCCUGACCGACUCAGGCCGCUUAAGUUGACCCUGUUGUACCCGGUGGUGUACUGCAUGUGCUCAGUGUUCCUGGUGGCGGUGCCUUUGUACAGUGACACUCUGAACUCUCUGAUUGGCAUUGCCAUCGCUCUGUCAGGAGUGCCCGUCUACUUCAUCGGAGUCUAUCUGCCCGAGUCCAAGAGGCCCCCUGUCAUAACCAAGCUGCUGGGUUCAUUGACCAGCUUCACUCAGUACACCUGCUACUGUGUACUGACAGGGAUGGACAAGAGCAACUAGCACUACCCACAGCCCGGCCACACGAAUGAAGCUCUCUCUCAAAAAAAUUUUUUUUAUUACUUUAAUAUAUUUUGACGAUCUUUAAAGCUGAAGCAUUUCGAGUUCACUUGUUUACAGCAGUGGCACAGGUGUUGAUCACUUCUGCAUUUACACUGGAAUUCAAACCGCUCUUGGGGAAUUUGACAACUGGAUCUUUGUUUCUACACUUGGUUUAAACUAAUUAGCAUACAAUCAAUUUUUUACUUGCAGUUUGAGAAAAAGAAUGGAUUUGAGAAUUGUAGUAGUUAUUAGCUUUAUUGAUUUCAUUUAAACAUGUUGGCAUGUUGUUUGGCAUGUUGUUCAUCACUGCCCUUGUUCACAUGCACACCAAAAUCUGAUUAUAAUCCUUGGACCUUUAUUACUUAAUUGCCAUGUUAACUGCAAAAUCUGAUGUAAGUAAUCAAAGAAAUUAAAAUGAUUUGGCUUUUUACAUGACAUUUAAAUAAUGUAACAACUCCAAAAUAUGUUGAUAUUAAUCAGAUUUUGAGCAUGUAACCACAGGAUAUGACUGGUGUCUGGCUUUUGGGUUCUAUUUGACAGAAGUGAAAAUGUCACUUCUGUUGAUGAGAAAGUCACCUUAAUGAUCUUUCCCAUCCAGGACAUAGUAAAAAUAUUUAUUGGGAAAUGUGAGAAUCAUUAUUUUUUAAUUUUUUAUACUUGAUUUCACUGACUAGUUUAUUCAUACAUUUCAUAAAUAACUUUUCAGUACAAUGAAACUAACCAGUUUACUGUAGAGGACACUGACCUCAUAAUUUAUUGUAUCAAACAAUAAAAGGAGAUGUCAAUUGG